AUGAAUCCAAAUCAUAUAAACGUUGGGGUGUCCUCUACUUACGACGCACUGCAUCGGAGCCCGGGUGUAGUGAAAAAUAGGCAAGGGUGUAGGGCGUCCCCCGAAUGCGACGUGCCAUAUCGGCGUCCGGAUGUGGUGCUAAAUAGGCAAGGGUUCCCACAUCGUGGACGAAUGUGGGUAAAGAAGUUAGUCCAAAGUGUCGAUGUUACUAAAAGCCAAAGUAGGGGAGGUAAUAGGCAGACUUACAGGAAAGGAGAUAUGAAACUCUCGAUGGAACGAAAAGUUAGGGUAGGUACUUGGAAUAUUGGAUCGCUUACGGGAAAGUUGAUGGAACUUGUGGACACAAUGAGUAGAAGGAGAGUGAACAUUGCUUGCAUCCAGAAGACAAAGUGGGUAGGAGAGAAAAGUAAGGAGAUUGGUAAUACGAGUUCUAGAUUAUGGUAUUCGGGUCAAGAACGAAAUAGGAAUGGAGUAGGCAUUAUCUUAGAUAGGUCUCUGAAGGAGUCGGUGGUUGCAGUAAAACGGGUAGGCGAUAGGAUCAUACUAGUGAAAUUAGUUGUAGAAGGAGAAGCUAUCAAUGUGAUUAGCGCUUAUGCCCCGCAAAUAGGAUUAGAUAGCGAAUGUAAGGAGAAGUUUUGGGAGAACAUUGAUAAACUUAUGCAAAGUGUAUCGUCCGAAGAGUCUAUUUUUAUCGGUGGAGAUUUAAAUGGACAUGUCGGAAAGGAUCGACAAGGAUAUGAAAUGGUACAUGGAGGGUUUGGCUAUGGGAGUAGAAACGAAGAAUGA